UCAUCUUGGCCAAUUCCCAGCUCUGGGAGCCACAGCCUUUCCUCCCUGUUCACCUCUUUAAAACCUCGUCGUCUCAGCUCUGGAUUCUGAGUCUCCCUGUGUCGCUGCCCACAGGCUCUGUGCUCCCAACAAGUUCACACAGGAAGGCGCCACAGGAAAUGGCUUUCAAAUUGGGCCAACGUCAUGCAAAAUUCUGAGUGGGAGUCAGCGUCAGCGAGGGGCUGAGGAGGGCUGGGUCUGCAGGCUAAGACCCCCGUGCCAAGACACAGCUUGGUAAACCCACCCAGGCACCUAGGGACAGCUGUGGAAGGAGCUUCCCUCCGUCGCAUUCCCGGCCUACUGCAGGCAGGAACGAAUCACGUGACCUUCGGGGCCGCUGCCACGUGGGCGGGUGGUGAGACUACCUCUGGAAACCAUCAAAGGUUACCCCUGUACCCUUAAUUACUGUCUGCUGACUCUCCUGCUGGUGGGGCUGAGACCGCGGUUCCCCGCGGCGGGUGCGCGCACUGGGCGCAGGAUGGUUCAGGAUGUUCCAUCCGGAACAGUGCACACCUGGCGGGCCCCAAGAGGACUGAAGACCAGGAGCCCCGCCAGAUCUCAGGCCCCGCCCAUAGCCUCGGGAGCACCCCCAGCCUCCUGUGGAGAAGAGAUGGGCUGCAUGGGGUUCCUAAGGCUGCGUCUACUCUCUGAGUUCCCCUAGGUCUGCAGGGUACACCACAGCCAUGGCUCAGCCGCUGGCUUUAGCCCUAGAUGUCGCAGAGACCACAGGGGAAGGAGACAGCCUGGAGCCCAGCCCCUAUGAAGAGAGUGAAGUCCACGACUCCUUCCACCAGCUCAUUCAAGAGCAGAGUCUUCGGGUGGCGGAGGAGGGGCUGGAGCUCCUGUCCUUGGUUCCAGGCAGAGGUGACCACACCCUCCCGGGACUUGAAGGUGCUCCUGCCCAUAGCACGGCCACCCUCCGCAUCUUGGCCAGCAUGCCCAGUCGCACCAUUGGUCGCAGCCGUGGGGCUAUCAUCUCCCAGUACUACAACCGCACAGUGAGGCUUCGGCGCAGAAGCAGCCGGCCCCUGCUGGGGAAUGUGGUGCGCUCUGCCCGGCCCAGCCUUCGCCUGUAUGACCUGGAACUGGACCCUACAAUCCUGGAGGAGGAUGAGAAGCGGAGCCUGUUAGUGAAGGAGCUUCAGGGUCUGUCGGGGGCCCAGAGGGACCACAUGGUCCGGAACAUGCCCUUGAGUCUGGGUGAGAAGCGCUGGCUACGAGAGAAAAGUUGGAGUCCAAAAGGAAAGCAGCGGCGGGCCCACCAGGGCCACCGUGGGGCCUUCUCCUGCUGUAGCCGGCUCAGAUACAGCUGCAUGCUGGCUCUUCACAGCCUGGGGCUGGCACUGCUCUCAGGCCUGUACGCUGCCAGGCCGUGGCGCUACGCCCUGAAGCAGAUUGGUGGUCAGUUUGGCUCCAGCGUCCUCUCCUACUUCCUCUUCCUCAAGACCCUGCUGGCCUUCAAUGCUCUCAUGCUGCUGCCUUUGCUGGCUUUCCUCGUGGGUGUGCAGGCGGCCUUCCCACCUGACCCAGCCGGCCCUGUGCCUUCCUUCUCUGGGCUGGAACUCUUCACUGGCGGGGGCCGGUUCACACACACUGUUAUGUAUUACGGCUACUACAGUAACACCACGCUGAGCCAGUCAUGUGCCCCUCGGGAAGGUGGCCAGUGCAGUCCCAGGCUGCCCUACAGCAUGCCACUGGCCUACCUCUUCACAGUGGGGGCCACCUUCUUCAUCACCUGCAUCGUUCUGGUGUACAGCAUGUCCCACUCCUUUGGGGAGAGCUACCGGGUUGGCAGUACCAAGGGUAUCCAUGCCCUUACGGUCUUCUGCUCCUGGGACUACAAGGUGACCCAGAAGAGGGCUUCCCGUGUCCAGCAGGACAGCAUCUGCACUCAGCUGAAGGAGCUGCUGGCUGAGUGGCAACUGCGAAAGCGCCCUCGGAGCGCGUGUGGGCGGCUGAGGCAGGUCGUCGUUCUAGGUCUGGGGUGGCUGCUGUGUCUGGGCACCACGAUGGGCUGCACAGUGGCUGUCCUCACUUUCUCGGAGGUAAUGAUUCAGAGAUCCGCCUCUGGUGGCCAAGGGGUGGAGAUGCUGGCCCUGCCCCUGGUGGUCAGUGUUCUUAACCUGGUUGCCUCCUACCUGUUCCGUGGUCUGGCCACUCUGGAGCGACAUGAAUCCCCGGUGCUGGAGGUAUAUACGGCCAUCUGCAGGAACCUCAUUCUGAAGAUGGCCGUCCUGGGAGUGCUUUGCUAUCACUGGCUGGGCCGCAGGGUGGCCGCUCUGCAGGGCCGCUGCUGGGAGGACUUUGUGGGCCAGGAACUGUACCGCUUCAUGGUCGUGGAUUUUAUCUUCACGCUUUUGGACUCUCUUUUUGGCGAGUUGGUGUGGAGGAUCAUCUCAGAGAAGAAGCUCAAGAGGGGGCAGAAGCCUGAGUUUGACAUUGCCAGGAAUGUUCUGGACCUGAUUUACGGACAGACCCUGACCUGGCUGGGCGUGCUCUUCUCUCCUCUCCUGCCUGCAGUGCAGAGUCUCAGGCUGCUCCUCCUUUUCCACAUCAAGAAGGCAAGCCUGAUGGCCAACUGCCAGGCCCCGCGCCGACCCUGGCUGGCCUCACACAUGAGCACCGUCUUCCUCACCCUGCUCUGCUUCCCCUCGUUCCUGGGAGCAGCUGUUUUCCUCUGCUAUGCUGUCUGGCAGGUGCGGCCCUCGAGCACAUGCGGCCCCUUCCGGACGCUGAACACCAUGUACGAGGCAGGCACGGUCUGGGUGCGUCGCCUGGAGCGGGCAGGUUCCGGGGCCUCCUGGCUGCCCUGGCUGCACCACUUGCUGGUGGAGAACACUUUCUUCCUUUUCCUGGCGUCGGCCCUGCUGCUGGCUGUCAUCUACCUCAACAUCCAGGUGGUGAAGGGACAACGGAAGGUCAUCUGCCUGCUUAAGGAGCAGAUCCGGAAUGAAGGAGAGGACAAGAUCUUCCUGAUCAACAAGCUUCACUCUGUUUACGAGGAGGGAAGGAGCAGGCCUGGCCGAACCCAGGAAGUUACUGAACCACCUGCCCGGCCUGAGGAUGGAGGGGACAGAAGGAAUCCUGCACCCCCAGUCACUGUGAUCCCACAGGCAGAGACUUGGACCUGAGAUCCCCACACAACAUGGCAGUAGAGUGACUUCACACAAACUCCAAUUGGCAGGGAGCAAGGGAUGAUAGACCCCUUCCCCUGGCUUUUUAUGCUUUUUCUCUAAAGGCUGGGUGUGUCUGCAUAGCCUUGAUGUCCUGGCACUUACUCUGUAGACCAGGCUGGCCUUGAAGUCAGAGAUCUACCUGCUUCUCCCAAGUGCUCGAACCAAAGGCGUGCACCCCCUUUUAAACCCCUAAUUAAAUGGGUUUUGCAGUGUGA